ACUAUCUCUCAAGACUCUCAUACCUUCAUUGAUUCAUUAAAAAGAACCCCCUACUCACCACCACUCUCCUCAGCCUCAGAUCGAUCAUUCUCACCACCACCAUCUCCAUCCAUCAUGGAAGCCAGUGCCGGACUCGUCGCUGGUUCUCAUAACCGUAACGAGCUUGUUGUCAUUCAUGGCCAUGAAGAGCCCAAGCCUUUGAAGGAUUUGAAUGGUCAAGUUUGUGAGAUAUGUGGUGAUGAGAUUGGUCUCACUGUUGACGGAGAUCUGUUUGUGGCCUGCAAUGAGUGUGGUUUUCCGGUGUGCCGGCCAUGCUAUGAGUAUGAAAGGAGAGAAGGGAGCCAACUAUGCCCCCAAUGCAAGACCAGAUACAAACGCCUAAAAGGGAGUCCAAGGGUGGCGGGAGAUGAGGAUGAAGAAGAUGUGGACGAUAUCGAGCAUGAAUUCAAAAUCGACGACGAACAAAACAAGAACAAACAUAUUGCAGAAGCCAUGCUUCAUGGCAAGAUGAGCUAUGGAAGAGGUCCUGAAGACGAUGAUAAUGCCCAAUACCCACCUGUUAUUGCCGGUGUACGGUCUCGCCAGGUGAGUGGGGAGUUUCCAAUAUCAAAUCAUGCUCAUGUAGAGCAGAUGAUGCCUUCUUCACUAAAUAAACGUGUGCAUCCGUAUCCCGUAUCCGAGCCCGGGAGUGCAAGAUGGGAUGAAAAGAAAGAGGGAGGUUGGAGAGAGAGAAUGGAUGAUUGGAAAAUGCAGCAAGGCAAUCUGGGGCCAGAACCUGAUGACUUGAAUGAUCCCGACAUGGCCAUGGUGGAUGAAGCUAGACAGCCACUCUCAAGGAAAGUGCCAAUUGCAUCCAGCAAGAUCAACCCUUACCGAAUGAUCAUUGUGACUCGGCUUUUUGUUUUAGCCAUCUUCCUCCGGUACAGACUCUUGAACCCAGUGCAUGAUGCAAUCGGGCUCUGGCUAACCUCUGUUGCCUGUGAGAUUUGGUUUGCCAUUUCAUGGAUCCUAGAUCAGUUCCCAAAAUGGUAUCCCAUUGAUCGCGAGACUUACCUUGAUCGUCUCUCUCUCAGGUACGAGAGGGAAGGCGAACCAAACAUGCUUGCUCAAGUAGAUAUCUUUGUCAGUACUGUGGAUCCGAUGAAGGAACCCCCUCUAGUUACAGCUAACACAGUUCUGUCAAUCUUAGCAAUGGACUAUCCUGUUGAUAAAACCUCAUGCUACAUUUCUGAUGAUGGUGCUUCAAUGCUUUCCUUCGAAUCACUCUCUGAAACUGCAGAAUUCGCUCGAAAAUGGGUUCCCUUCUGUAAGAAAUUUGCCAUAGAGCCUCGGGCACCAGAGAUGUACUUUUCUUCUAAAAUUGAUUAUCUGAAGGACAAGGUCCAGCCUACAUUUGUCAAAGAGCGGCGAGCUAUGAAGAGAGAGUAUGAAGAAUUUAAGGUUCGCAUUAAUGCACUUGUUGCAAAAGCCACGAAGGUUCCUCCAGAAGGGUGGAUCAUGCAAGAUGGGACACCAUGGCCAGGAAAUAAUACUAAGGAUCACCCUGGUAUGAUUCAAGUCUUUCUUGGUCACAGUGGGGGCCUUGAUACAGAAGGAAAUGAGCUUCCUCGCCUUGUCUAUGUCUCUCGUGAGAAGAGGCCUGGCUUUCAACAUCACAAGAAAGCUGGUGCCAUGAAUGCCCUGGUUCGCGUCUCGGGAGUUCUUACUAAUGCUCCAUUCAUGCUGAACUUGGAUUGUGACCAUUACUUAAAUAACAGCAAGGCAGUUAGAGAGGCAAUGUGUUUCUUGAUGGACCCGCAAAUUGGAAAGAAGGUUUGCUAUGUCCAAUUCCCUCAAAGAUUUGAUGGCAUUGACAGGAAUGAUAGAUAUGCCAACAGAAACACAGUCUUCUUUGAUAUCAACAUGAAAGGUCUAGAUGGAAUCCAGGGUCCUGUAUAUGUGGGCACGGGAUGUGUCUUCAGAAGGCAAGCUUUAUAUGGCUAUGAGCCACCAAAGGGUCCUAAGCGUCCGAAGAUGGUGAGCUGCGACUGCUGCCCAUGUUUUGGACGUCGCAAAAAGCUCCCUAAAUAUUCCAAACAUGGUGCAAAUGGAGAUGCUGCGAAUGUCCAAGGAUUCGAUGAUGACAAGGAGCUACUGAUGUCCCAUAUGAAUUUUGAAAAGAAGUUUGGGCAGUCAGCAAUUUUUGUGACUUCAACUUUAAUGAUUGAAGGUGGUGUCCCUCCUUCCUCAAGCCCUGCAGCCUUGUUGAAAGAAGCCAUUCAUGUAAUCAGCUGUGGAUAUGAAGACAAGACUGAAUGGGGUAUUGAGUUGGGGUGGAUUUAUGGCUCAAUUACAGAGGAUAUUCUAACAGGUUUCAAGAUGCAUUGCCGUGGAUGGAGGUCCAUAUACUGUAUGCCAAAAAGACCUGCAUUUAAAGGGUCUGCUCCUAUCAACCUGUCAGAUCGUCUAAAUCAGGUUCUUCGAUGGGCUCUUGGUUCGGUUGAGAUCUUUUUCAGUCGUCACAGCCCUCUUUUGUAUGGCUACAAAGGAGGAAAUCUCAAAUGGUUGGAGCGUUUUGCGUAUGUCAACACUACGGUCUAUCCCUUCACAUCCUUACCCCUUCUUGCCUAUUGUACCCUCCCUGCCAUCUGCUUGCUCACUGAUAAAUUCAUCAUGCCAGAGAUAAGCACCUUUGCAAGUCUCUUCUUCAUAUCUCUAUUCAUUUCCAUAUUCGCCACGGGCAUUCUUGAGCUCAGAUGGAGUGGAGUAAGCAUCGAGGAAUGGUGGAGAAACGAGCAAUUUUGGGUCAUUGGUGGUGUGUCAGCUCACCUCUUUGCCGUCAUACAGGGUCUUCUCAAAGUUUUGGCUGGAAUCGACACCAACUUUACCGUCACAUCCAAGGCAUCAGAUGACGAGGACUUUGGAGAGCUAUAUGCUUUCAAAUGGACCACUCUCCUCAUCCCUCCAACCACUAUCUUAAUCAUUAACCUUGUUGGGGUUGUGGCUGGAGUCUCUGAUGCCAUAAACAAUGGGUACCAGUCAUGGGGUCCCUUAUUUGGAAAGCUCUUCUUUGCCUUUUGGGUGAUUGUCCAUCUAUACCCAUUCCUCAAAGGUCUCAUGGGGAGGCAGAACAGGACACCUACUAUUGUGGUUAUAUGGUCAGUGCUUUUGGCUUCAAUCUUCUCCUUGCUUUGGGUUAGAAUUGACCCAUUUGUGUUGAAAACAAAGGGUCCUGAUGUCAAGCAAUGUGGGCUCAAUUGCUGAAACAUUUUUCUUUCCUAUUCUUUCUGAGAUCUAAACUUCUCCAGAGAAUUACUUGUAAAUUUUGGUGUGUUACGUGUAUGGUGUAUGGACCAAAAAGAUGGCAUUGCAGAAAAAGAAAUAAAUCCAGAGUGAAAGUUUUGUAUAUUAUCAUCAA